ACGGCAGUUUCAGGGCCAGCGGAGCUAGAAGGGAGUCGUUCUCAAAAUCGGCCUUCAUCCUUUUUUAAACAGACUUUUUUCAGGGUAAAAAUAACUAGAGCAUAAAGUUCACAGUGUACUCUUUUUAAUAAGCCUAAUAUUUUGAUAUUUCCCGAUUCGGAACGUUAGAAAACGACUGGUGAAAAUUGGGUAGCACUGUGAAGGGAAUUAGCAAGCUAGCAGGCUGUAUAAGGGGAUUCUGGCUGGGAGAGACGGAAGAAUAGACAGAUAACAAAGAACGGGUUUUCGUUGCUUUUUUUAAACACUCCGAACAUAUAUCAUUUAAAUCACUCCCGUUAAAGCUAGCUUUAUCGCUAGCUUUGUUAUUUAGCCAUUUAUCAUGGAACUGAGAGUAGGAAACCGAUACAGACUGGGAAGGAAAAUUGGCUCUGGAUCCUUUGGUGACAUUUAUUUGGGCACAGACAUCUCAGUGGGGGAAGAAGUAGCCAUCAAGCUAGAAUGUGUGAAAACGAAGCAUCCACAGCUGCACAUCGAGAGCAAGAUCUACAAGAUGAUGCAAGGAGGCGUCGGUAUCCCAACAAUCAAAUGGUGUGGAGCAGAGGGAGAUUACAAUGUGAUGGUAAUGGAGCUGCUGGGACCCAGUUUGGAGGAUCUCUUCAACUUCUGUUCUCGCAAGUUCAGCCUAAAGACUGUUCUUCUGCUGGCUGACCAGAUGAUCAGCCGUAUUGAAUACAUACACUCCAAGAACUUCAUCCACAGAGACGUCAAGCCCGACAACUUCCUUAUGGGCCUGGGGAAGAAGGGCAACCUUGUUUACAUCAUUGACUUUGGCCUGGCCAAAAAGUACAGAGAUGCUCGCACCCACCAGCACAUCCCUUAUCGCGAGAACAAAAACUUGACUGGCACUGCUCGCUACGCUUCCAUCAACACCCACUUGGGAAUAGAGCAAUCCAGACGAGAUGACUUGGAGUCUCUUGGCUAUGUGCUCAUGUACUUCAACCUGGGCUCUCUGCCAUGGCAGGGUCUGAAGGCUGCCACAAAGAGACAGAAGUAUGAGCGAAUCAGCGAGAAGAAAAUGUCCACUCCUAUUGAAGUCCUGUGUAAAGGAUACCCAUCUGAGUUUGCCACAUACCUCAACUUUUGCCGCUCCCUUCGCUUUGACGACAAGCCAGACUAUUCUUACCUGAGACAGCUCUUCAGGAACCUUUUCCACAGACAAGGCUUUUCAUACGACUAUGUGUUUGACUGGAAUAUGCUUAAAUUUGGUGCAAACAGAGCGGCAGAAGAUCCGGAGAGAGAGCGGAGGGAUCGAGACGAAAGAUUGCGACAUGGACGGAAUCCUGCUGCCCGUGGCGUGAUGCCUUCCAGCUCAGGUAGACCCAGAGGAACACAAGAAGUAGCACCUCCCACACCCCUCACGCCAACCUCACACACAGGAAUGGAGCGGGAGAGGAAGGUCAGUAUGAGAUUGCACCGUGGAGCCCCUGUCAACAUUUCCUCCUCCGAUCUAACUGGCCGACAGGACACCUCACGCAUGUCCACAUCACAGGCUCUUUCUCGCGUCACCCCAAGUGGCCUGCAGUCUGCCGUACCUCGAUGAGACCCUCCACACACCUCAAGAGCAGACCAACCAUGGCCCUGAUCUGCACUAGGACUUCUCCAGCAGCCUCUAACCAUGUGAAAUCAACCUCAGCAAAUCAAAUCGAAACAAGAGACUUCAUUUCCACCUUCCUCUCAAUGCAUUUAAACACACUUGAGAGUCACGCAAAUUCGAGAGAUGGACAGAUUUUGGUUUUCUUCUUUUCACACACACUCCACACACACACACACACACAAACAUUUCCUUACCUACACUACUCCAAGACACCUGGGCACAUCAGUUGGGCUUGUUAACAUCACUUUUUGCCAGACAAUCGCUGGCGAGAUGGGAGGGACGGGGGUGGGGCGGGGCGUGAUUCUUGGCCAUCACUGCUUUCAGCCCUCUGACACACCAGAAGGAGAGGGCCAUCCUCCUGCCAACCAGGGGCCUCUUCGCAAAGCAGAGCUUCUUGGCUAAAGCCGUGUACAACAGCUCUGAUUGCGCAACUCACCCUCUCCUGUUGCAAAAAAAUUACUUUUACACAGCUUGGAAUGCAGCUGUACUGAUAGCCAUUGACAUUUUGCUUACCGUGAUCUUUUAUUUUUGUCUUUUUGUUUAUGUACAACAGAGAUUAAAUUGAUUUCACACUGGUUACAGUUUUUUGCAGGUGAAUCUUUUUCUCUUUUUGAUAGUUUAUCAGCAUUAAGCUUAAUGAAAUGUGCUGAAUUCAAUUGAAUGUUUGAAAGCCUGUUUGUUCAUGUGGCAGGAUGAAGGCAGUGUCCUUUUUAUGUCAUUUUGUAGUUUAUUAUGUCGAAAGCCAGACAGAGAAACAUACAGCAAAGGUUCGAGUAGUCGUACCCACAAUACCACCUUCA